UAAUGAAAUAAAUAAUCAUUUUAGCAUUACUCCUAAUCUUAGUUCUUGGAGAUUAACAUUAGAACAAACAUAAUCAUUAUAAACACAAGAAAGGACAUGGUAUAUUACUUAAUUUAUUCUAGUAUUUAAAUGGGUUCUUAUUUCUAUAUUUGCUGUAGGUGCAUUUUUAAUAAUUAGAAAAAUAGUAAGAAGAAGAAGACACUUAAAAAGAAUGAAAAAAUAGGGAUUAAACAAAUUAUCAGAAACUGUUGUUUUUGGAGAACCAAUGAAUGAUAAUAUUCAACAACCUUAAUAUUAUGCUGUUCCAAUUGAAUAAUAUAAACAAUUUAAAAAUUGGUUGAAUUAAUAAAAAUAACAAUAAGAAGCUUUGUUAUAAUAAUAAUAAUAGAUUCAAUAAUAAUUAUUGUUAUAAUAAUAAUAAUAAUAAUAAUCAGCCUAAAUAAAUUAAAUUCCUUAAUAACCUAUUGCAGGGUAUCCUAUAUAUUAACAAUAUCCUUAAUAAGUACCUCAAAUAGUUUAUCCAUAAAUAUUGAAUAAGAGUCAUGUAGAGAUUCAACUACCCGAAGUUAGGGUUCCAUAAUGAA